AUGGCUGAUCUUCCAAUCAGAUUCGGAAUCAUCGGGUGUGCCGAGAUAGCCCGCAAGGUCUCUGGAGCCAUACAAUUUACUCCAGACGCCACUCUCUCCACCGUCGACGGCCGCAACGUCGAAAAAGCCGCCAAUUUCGCCAAGGCCAAUGGGUUUCCACCUGAGGCCAAGAUCUACGGUUCCUACGAGUCCCUUCUAGACGACCAGGACGUCGACGCCGUUUAUUUGCCUUUACCCACUAGCCUCCACCUCAAAUGGGCUGUAUUGACGGCAUAUCCUAACGGAGAAGCCCGUGGCCUUGAACGUUGCCGAACUGUGGAAAGAACUUCCAGCGGUCAGAAGCCUGUUUCUGAUAAACUUGUGGUGGUAAACAGUUGCUUCACAUUUUGUGCUGAUCCUGAUUUUGUCAAGAAUGACAUUCGUGUGAAGCCAGAUCUUGAAGCUCUUGGUGCUCUAGGUGAUGCUGGGUGGUAUGGCAUCAGGUCGAUCUUGUGGAUGGCCAAUUAUGAGCUUCCGAAAGCAGUCACGGCCAUUCGAAAUCCAGUUCUAAACGAAGCAGGUGUACUACUAGAGUGUGGAGCUUCACAGCUCUGGGACAAUGGCAAAACUGCAACCUUCCAUUGCUCUUUCUUAUCAAAUUUGACAAUGAAUCUCACUUCCAUAGGAACAUUAGGAACUUUACAUCUUACGGAUUUCAUUAUUCCUUACCAAGAACACGAAGCCUCGUAUACUACAUCCACGAAACCCGGUUUUAACGAACUUGUUACAGGAUGGGUGCAGCUUCCAAGUGAACACUGUCACUGUGGAUCUACCUCAGUAAGUGUGCAUGGUGAGAGUUUGCUAAGUUUAAACAAUACUUGCAAUGGCUUAGCUGCCCCAAGACGCAUGGAAACAUCAUAA